AUGGUUUUGGGGGAGGAAGCCUGCUUCCCGCAAUCCGAGCUCAAAUCGAGCCCUCAACAGCCACAGAACACGAAAUCAGACGGAUCACACUAUUUCUUCACUCUUCGCGUACCUUCCGAUACAAAAUCCGGAAACGAUUCGGAUUUCGAAUAUGAGAGUUUGUUAAAUUACGGGCUAACGAUUUCGAGUAAAGGUCUGGAGAAGGAGUUAGAGGAGUUCGAUCGGGUUUUAGAAGAGUAUAGUGCAUUUUCGGUGAAAGAGGUCAAGAGCAGUGUGUUAGCAACGGUGGCAGUGGAGAAUGGUGGUUCUGUGGAGGCUAAAGUCGCAACGUAUUGGAUGACGUUGGCGCCAAAUGUUGAGGAUUAUAGUGGGUCUGUUGCGAGGAUGAUUGUUGAGGGAUCAAAUCAGUUAAUCAAGGAAAUUUUGGGGUGUGGGGAUGUGACGGUGGAUCGAUUAAAAUGGGGAAAUGAGUUUUUGAAGAAGAGGACGAAACCCGGUUCAAAAGCUGAAGUUAGUCCAAAAGCUUUGAAGAGAGUGAAGAGGUAUCAUCUUGUUUUCUUCUACAACAUUACUUUUAUCCAUUGA